AGAUGCUGCUACGCAGGCAGCGGUUACGCUAACGCUUGUGCUUAGACAUCACCAAUGUCUAAAUUUUGACACCCAUAUCUACAUUUCACGCAUGUAAAUACAUCUACAGAUUACUUAAUUAGUCGGUCGUGGCAAAAUGGUCGAGUUCCACCGUGUCCGUGUUGUAUUUGUGUCGCUUUUCGUGUGCGGGUUGUUGCGGGACGCGUUGAGUUUCUAUCUUCCUGGUUUGGCCCCGGUCAGCUUCUGUAAGAAAGAAGCGGGCGACAAAAACAGCGAAGUCCCAGACUGCAAGUCAACCAUUGAGCUCUUUGUGAACAGGCUGGAUUCUGUGGAGUCAGUUUUACCCUAUGAAUAUACUGCGUUUGAUUUUUGUGCUGAGCAACAUGAGAAGCGACCAUCUGAGAACUUGGGCCAGGUAUUGUUUGGUGAGAGAAUUGAGCUGUCCCCAUAUAAGUUUUUGUUCCAGAAUGAUUUGCAAUGCCAGUCCGUCUGCGUCAAGUCUUACAAAACACAAGAUGCAGGUGAUAAAGCCAAAUUGGAUUUCCUCAAGAAGGGAAUGCUCCUCAAUUACCAACACCACUGGAUUGUUGAUAAUAUGCCGGUGACCUGGUGUUACGAUGUGGAGGACAAUCAGAAGUUCUGUAAUCCUGGCUUUCCCAUUGGUUGCUAUGUCACAGAUACAGGACGGGCCAAAGAUGCCUGUGUGGUCAAUGCUGACUUCAAUGACAAAGACACCUUCUACAUCUUCAACCAUGUGGACAUAACAAUUUUCUACCACAAUGUGGAAAAUGAGGUUGCUGGUGCCAGACUGGUUGCAGCUAAGUUAGAGCCCAAAAGCUUUAAGCAGUCCAACGUAGACAAACCAGACUGCACAGGACCUCCCAUGAGCCUGAGCAACAAGUUCAAUGGAGAAAUCAGGAUACCCUACACUUACUCUGUCAAGUUUCUGGAGGAUAAGACAAUUCGCUGGGCCUCCAGAUGGGAUUACAUUCUUGAGUCUAUGCCACACACAAACAUUCAGUGGUUCAGUAUCAUGAACUCUCUGGUCAUCGUACUCUUCCUCUCUGGAAUGGUCGCUAUGAUCAUGCUUCGAACACUUCAUAAAGAUAUCGCUCGAUACAACCAGAUGGACUCUGUGGAGGAUGCCCAGGAGGAAUUUGGCUGGAAGCUGGUUCACGGAGAUGUCUUCAGGCCGCCUAGGAAAGGCAUGCUGCUGUCUGUGUUCCUUGGUUCUGGGACUCAGAUCUUCAUCAUGACCUUUGUCACUCUAUUUUUUGCCUGUUUGGGUUUCCUGUCACCUGCCAAUCGCGGGGCUCUGAUGACGUGUGCAGUGGUGCUGUGGGUGCUCUUGGGUACUCCAGCUGGUUAUGUGGCUGCUCGCUACUACAAAUCUUUCGGUGGUGAGAAGUGGAAGACCAAUGUUCUGUUGACAGCUUUUCUCUGUCCAGGAGUGGUGUUUGCAGAUUUCUUUGUGAUGAAUCUCAUUUUGUGGGGUGAGGGUUCAUCCGCUGCCAUGCCCUUUGGCACUCUGGUUGCCAUCCUGGCUCUGUGGUUUUGCAUAUCAGUGCCCCUCACCUUUAUCGGCGCGUACUUCGGUUUCAAGAAAAGCGCCAUUGAACAUCCUGUGCGGACCAACCAGAUUCCAAGACAGAUUCCAGAGCAGUCCUUCUAUACUAAACCUCUUCCUGGCAUUGUCAUGGGAGGAAUCCUGCCAUUCGGAUGCAUCUUCAUCCAGCUGUUUUUCAUUCUCAACAGCAUCUGGUCUCACCAGAUGUACUACAUGUUUGGCUUUCUCUUCCUGGUCUUUAUCAUCUUGGUCAUCACCUGCUCUGAGGCCACCAUUCUCCUCUGCUACUUCCACCUGUGUGCUGAGGACUAUCACUGGCAGUGGCGUUCUUUCCUGACCAGCGGAUUCACAGCUGUUUAUUUCCUGGUCUAUGCCAUCCAUUACUUCUUCUCCAAGCUGCAGAUCAGCGGACUUGCCAGCACCAUUCUUUACUUUGGUUACACCAUGAUCAUGGCGCUCAUCUUCUUCCUCUUCACAGGCACCAUUGGAUUCUUCGCUUGCUUUUGGUUUGUCACCAAGAUCUACAGCGUGGUCAAAGUGGAUUAAAUGAAAGCAAUCUCAGAUGAGACUGAACUUCUCUUCUCCGCCCAAUGUGAGAUCCCAGAGGGAGGGACCUGAGCGCUGUUUAUCUUCUGUUGCCACGGCAACCCUUCUUUACAUCAGCAACUCUAAAUCUACAAAUUUAAUUUACUUUGCUGUGUGUGCGUGUGGGCGUGUGUACAUUAGUAGUGCAUAUUCAACCAAUUGGAAGAACUCUACACAUCUGCUUCUUUAGUUGGAACAGAAUACAGCAGAUACACACAUUGACCCUUAUAACUCACAUGGGUAUUUACGAUUUGGAGUUGUCAUUUGUAAAUAUUACUUACUUUAUUCUUUGCUAACGUUCAAAUGGAAGGGUAAUGCAUAAAUCGCAGAGAAAACUAGCUCCAGUCAUUGAAUCUUCAAGGUGUCGGAAGUAUGAUUUUGUAAAUAUCUUCUUUUGUUUCUUAAAUUCAUCAAGCAAGAAAGUAGAAGUUGAAAGCCGAAGGACUUCAUUCUUUGGGUUGAUUUAAGAGUGAGGCUGUGUGAAUUUUCUUUUUUUCCAUCUUGUUGAUACUGUACAAUUACUGCUUGCGUAUACUUGUGUAUAACCAGUGGGGGGAAUGUCUAUUUAACUUUUUUGUUUGGUCAUUUUUUCUUUGUUUUCUGUUUAUGCCUCAACACUUUGUGUGCCUCAUUAUCACAGAGGAAAAUCAAGACUGGUAAAAACUGAUUUGGGAAGAUGUGAAGUGCCCCGUCCAUACACAGGGGUAACUGGAGUGAAAUGAUUUCUUUUGUUUGUAUAUAUGCACAGCGUUAAACGUGUGUCCAGCAUAAACUACAUUAGCUUGGUUGGCUACUCGGUUUUGGUUUUUGUCUUCUCUGAUUUUGAGGUAAUGAGAUUACAAGAAAAAUGAAAAAAAAAAAUUAUUAGAAAUAAAACCUUGUCUUCAAAAAUA